AUGGAUCGACCCCCGGCCGCUAAACGGCCUCGUCUGUCGAUGGCCUGUAAUAUCUGCCGGCAGCGAAAAGUGAAAUGCGACGCAGAGUAUCCUAAAUGUCGGAAUUGUCGACAACGGAACCAGAUUUGCGUGACGACUGACCCUCAACGACCAGGAGUGACAGGGGUGCGAGAAUGGCUGGAGUUACCGGAGAAGGGGGCAGUUUUUACUGGAAGGAGAGAGGAUGAUAGGGUGAUCGGGAGGGAGGAUCUGGUCCCUGAGAGUCAGCAGCAACAACCGUCACCGAACGAUGCUUUGACUGCCACCGAGGAGACGGACGGCGUCUCGCCUGUACAUCAGCCGUUUAUUACUUCCGUCAACGUGGAACAUGAGACGAAUCGCAUGAAGAUCAUGGGAGGCAGUAGCUCGCAGUGUCUUGCCAAGUCUCUGGAUGUGUUCUUCAAAGCAGCAAGCCUGAAACCGGUGUCGGGUUCCUUUCGACAUGGAAUGCGACACGCAGAAGAACUGGAACUGUCGUUGAAAUUAUCGCUGCCGACACUACCGAAUCGAGAGAUGCGUGACCGAUAUAUGGAUAUUUACGUGUCUCGAAUCCACCCACUUUAUCCAAUCUUCAACCCUAAAACUAUCCGAGCCGGUAUUGAACAGCUCGCCGAACUGUCGGACUACGCGGAGCUCCCUCGGGAUAAUAUUCCAGUCUUAGCAUCCGCCUACCUUGUGAUGAGUUUCGGGGCCGACGAAGCAGCACAAUGUAUCACAGAGGAAGGCGAAAAGUACUGCCGCGCUGCUGCCGGUGUGCUUUCUCAUGUCAUAGUCACGCCCUACUUUCCUGCUGUCCAAGCGUUACUGCUUUUCACUAUCGUUUACCGAGGGCGCAACCAAGAAGGUCUUGCCUGGCAGACCCUUGGGAUUGCAAUCCGCAUUGCGUAUACUCUGGGGAUCUACCGUCAUACACCAAAUCUGCAAUCUGAAGACCAGAGCCUGUAUAGGCAGGUUUGGACAGUCUGCUGUUGUCUCGACAAAAUGAUGGAGAUCGAGUCGGGACGUCCAGCAGUUGUCAUCCGGGAACAUGUCACCCCGGUUAAAUCCCUUUCUUCCGAGUCAUCGUUGCUUUACUGGCAUCUUGGGCUCGCAGAGUUUCAAAGCAACAUUAGCCAGCACAUUUAUAACUAUCGCGCCGGAUCCCGAAGCGUUCGCCAGAUCCUUGUGGACACGGCCCGACUCGACCAGUCGCUUCUCUCUUGGGCCAACCAAAUCCCCCCUGAACUGCGACCGGGUAACGAUCUCUUCUGCCCGGAUUCAGAUUUCCACAUGCUCGCCUUUUUGUCCAUUCAGUAUCAGGAGACUCUGAUUGCUCUACACCGCGCGGCAUUGAUUGCGCCAUCCGCGAGCUUCAAUGAGGAAAUUGCACGGCACUGUGCGGACGAGCCUUCACAGUUUCGGCUGCGCAAUGGGGAAUCAAUCUGUGUCAAUAGCGCCCGAGCUAUUGCAAAAGUUAGCAUCGAACUCUCAGAAAGGGACGCCGAUUCGAGGCUUAUCCCGGCGGGUCCUUCGCUGCUGGCCUGUAUCGUUCUGGCGAUCUACCUGAUGAAACACCCAGAAUCAAAACUCCAGGCCAUGGACUUACAGCUGUUGAAAGCCUGUUUGGAGUACUCCAGUACACGACUUGCUAGUUGCAACGGCAACGUUCAAUUUCUGGAAGGUUUAGCAGUAAUUUACGAUCAGACCGCAGCUCACCUUGAAGCCCGUGCACGAUCAGAAGAAAGAAACUCUCUUACCUCGCCGAGGAGAUUUCCAAGAGCACAGAUAUCUACCAAAACACACAAACGCGACAGCAGCAACAACGAACAUUCUCUUCUCACACCAUCGACCUACGAGGAUAAUCCACCCGCCCCAUGGAGAAAAGAUAUGGAUUCCCAUCCUGGUAUCUCCCAUCCAUCUGUGAACUCAACACUUCAUUCACGACAGCAUGAACCCUCCCGAACUACGUCUUAUAUGCCUCCUGCAGACCCCGAAACUGGGAGACGGUACCCUCGGGAGACUCAAGAGCAGGAUAGUGCACAAGAGGCCGGUUCAUUUAUGGACCAAUUUGCGGCGUUGGGCGACUGUCCCAACCCCGUCGAUGGAGGCAUCUUCCCGUUCGAGGGUUAUAAUGUGGAGGAUUUGUGGAAUUGGAUGUUGUAUUUUGAUAGUCCGACGGGAUUAGAUGGAGCUUGAGCGACCGAAGCGACC